CAUUUCUGACUGCUGUACUCUGCAUUUGGCUCGGAAAAUCCAAAUCCUUUCUUGGGGAAAAAAUGUCCAGUCAAGUUGAGCACCCAGCUGGUGGUUACAAGAAGCUCUUUGAGACCGUGGAGGAACUGUCGUCGCCGAUAACUGCUCAUGUCACAGGCAGGAUUCCAGUGUGGCUCAAAGGCAGCCUCCUCAGGUGUGGCCCCGGAUUAUUUGAAGUGGGCUCUGAACCGUUUUAUCACUUAUUUGAUGGCCAAGCCCUUCUUCACAAGUUUGACUUUAAAGAGGGGCAUGUCACUUAUUAUAGGAGGUUUAUCCGGACUGAUGCCUAUGUCAGGAAUAUGACUGAGAAAAGGGUUGUAAUAACAGAAUUUGGCACAUACGCUUACCCAGAUCCAUGCAAGAAUAUAUUUUCCAGAUUCUUUUCCUAUUUCCAAGGUGUAGAAAUUACUGAUAAUGCCCUGGUCAACGUGUACCCUGUGGGUGAAGAUUUUUAUGCCUGUACUGAGACAAACUUCAUAACAAAAAUCAACCCAGAUAAUCUGGAGACAAUUCAAAAGGUGGAUGUCAGCAAAUAUGUUUCGGUCAAUGGGGUCACAGCACACCCCCACAUUGAAAAUGACGGGACAGUUUACAAUAUUGGCAACUGCUUUGGAAAGAAUUUUUCCCUGGCCUACAAUAUUGUACGGAUACCUCCCCUGAAAGCAGAUAAGAAAGAUCCAAUGACCAAAUGUGAAGUGGUAGUUCAGUUUCCUUGCAGUGACAGAUUCAAGCCUUCAUAUGUGCACAGUUUUGGGCUGACUCCAAAUUACAUCGUGUUUGUGGAAACUCCUGUGAAAAUUAACUUGCUCAAGUUUCUUUCUUCAUGGAGCCUUUGGGGAGCCAACUACAUGGACUGCUUUGAGUCAAAUGAAAGCAUGGGGGUCUGGAUGCAUGUAGCAGACAAGAAAAAAGGGAAAUACCUCAACAUCAAAUACAGGACUUCACCCUUUAACCUCUUUCAUCAUAUCAACACCUACGAAGACAAUGGAUUUCUAGUUGUGGAUCUAUGCACAUGGAAGGGGUAUGAGUUUGUUUACAAUUACUUAUAUUUAGCUAAUUUACGGGAGAACUGGGAAGAAGUGAAGAGAAAUGCACAAAAAGCUCCUCAGCCUGAAGUUCGGCGAUAUGUUCUUCCCCUAAAUAUUGAGAAGGCUGACACGGGCAAAAAUUUAAUCACAUUGCCCAACACAACAGCAACUGCUGUUCUGCACAGUGAUGAAACUAUCUGGCUGGAGCCGGAAGUUAUUUUUUCAGGGCCCCGUCAAGCUUUUGAGUUUCCACAAAUAAAUUAUACAAAGUAUUCUGGGAAACCCUACACAUAUGCAUAUGGCCUUGGAUUGAAUCACUUUGUUCCAGAUAGGCUUUGCAAAAUGAAUGUUAAAACUAGGGAGACUUGGGUAUGGCAAGAACCAGAUGCAUACCCUUCUGAACCAAUCUUUGUUUCUCACCCAGAUGCCCUGGAAGAGGAUGAUGGUGUUGUCCUGAGCAUUGUCAUUAACCCUGGCAGUGGACCAAAACCUGCCUACCUUUUGAUCUUGAGUGCAAAGGACAUGAGUGAAGUUGCCAGAGCAGAAGUGGACAUAAAUAUCCCCGUUACUUUUCAUGGCCUUUUCAAAAGAGCAUGAUUGUUGCCUUCCCUAUACCUGUUAUUCAAGUUUGCCUUUUACUUAUAAUGGAUCUAGCUACAAACUGAACUAAAAAGCUAACUGCCAGUGAUCUAUCAAAUUAGUUUACAUUUAAGUGUACAAUGACAGAAUUUAAGCAUGCUUUUGUGAACCUCAUGUA